AUGGCUCCCCGACAGCGCCAGUCGCGCACCACCACCUCCUCAACCGCACUCGCACUCGCCGCAUUCGUCGCGCUCGUCGCCGCACCCGCAGCCAGCGGCCUCACCCUCGACCUUGUCGCCAACUCGACAGCCGUCGCGAGCACGCUCAACUCGACUCAGUUCGACUACAUUGUGGUCGGUGGAGGAAACGCCGGUUUGGCGGUCGCCUCGCGCCUCUCGAGCUCGCACAACGUCCUUGUCCUCGAGGCGGGUACCGACCAGUCGGGGAACCCGGGCGUGACGGUCCCCGGCCUUGCGGGCAGCCCACUCGGCUCGGGCAUCGACUGGGGCUUCUCCACCGUCCCUCAGUCCAACGCCGACGGUCGCUCCGUCUACUGGCCUCGCGGCAAGAUGCUCGGCGGUUCCUCCGGUCUGAACUUUCUCGUCUCAGCGCGCCCGAACAAGGCCGAACUCGACCAGUGGGCCUCCCUCUCCGGCAGCUGGAGCUGGUCCUGGUCCUCCCUCUUCCCGUACUUCAAGAAGACCGAGCGUUUCUACUCCCCCUGCGCGACCAAGCCCGAGGGAGUCACGCCCACUUCCAACGGCUGGGUGCACGGCUACUCGGGACCCAUGGCCAUCUCCUACCCCCCCUACCUCGGCAAGCAGAACAACGGGUUCUACCAGGCUGUUCAGCAGAUGGGCGUCCCGGUUGCGCAGGACUUGCACACGGGAUCGAACCACGGCGUCAACUUGUCGCCUUCGACGGAGCACAGCACCGGGACGGACAGGACUCGCGCCUACUCGGUCGACUACCUCAAGCUCGCGACGAACAGGUUGACGGUCAUCACCAGCGCUCAGGCGACCAAGAUCAACUGGACCGGCAGCAAGGACGCGAGCGGCAACGUCGUCGCGCAGGGUGUCUCAUUCGUCCCCGUCGGCGGUGGUUCUCCUAGCUCCGUCAAUGUCAACAAGGAGGUCAUCCUCUCGGCUGGAACGGUCCAGACGCCUCAGCUCCUCGAGUUGUCGGGCGUUGGUGACUCGUCGGUCCUUGGUGGCGCUGGCGUCUCGUCCGUCGUCAACCUCCCUGCCGUCGGAACGAACCUCCAGGACCACGCGUGCAUCGUCGACGUCUUCAAGCUCAAGCCGGGCGUCGACAGCCUUGACGAGCUUUCGUCGAACCAGACCGCCCUUAACGCCGCCCUCGCCGACUUCUCCCACGGCCAGGGGAUCCUGACCCAAGCUUUGUACCCGCUCGCCUACCUUCAAAAGCAAGACUUCCUCUCUUCGGACGACAUCAACAACCAGCUUCCCAACCUCGGCAGUCGCGCCAACAACCCUCAGCUGAGCGACGCGCAGUACCAGGCUGCGACGGCGCUUUACAACGCCAACGUCCCGAUCAUGGAGUUGCUCGCGAUCAACACGUACUUUGGCAACUCGAGUGCGCAGCCGAACACGAACUACAUCUCGCUCGCGGCGUGUCUGCAGAACCCGCUUUCGCGCGGUGACAUCCACAUCUCGACCUCGGACCCUCUCGCCAAGCCAACCAUCAACCCGCGCUACCUCCAAUCCCCGCUCGACGGCUUCCUCCUCGCCCGCGCAGGCCAGUUCCUCCGCAACACGGCUGCCAAGGGCCCGUUGGCGCAGUACAUUGACUCGGAGGCUGAGCCCGGAACGGCGGUCCAGAGCGAUGCGGAGUGGAUGGAGUGGGUUAAGAGUGUCGUCAGGACUGAGUACCACCCUGUCGGUACGGCUUCUCUCCAGCCCCAGUCCUCCGGCGGCGUCGUCGCGCCCAACCUCAAAAUCUACGGCACCUCGAACGUCCGCGUCGUCGACCUCUCCCUCGCACCGAUCCACGUCUCGAGUCACACGCAAACUGUCGCCUACGCGAUUGCGGAGAUGGCGUCGAGCAUGAUCCUUGCGGGCAAGUAA